GGCUAGUUGUUCUGGGCUCAAGGCAAAGAGACCACGCUGCCUGUAACCUGAAAAUCGAAAGAGCAGAAUCGCUGGCAGAGCCUUUUGCCAAACGACCUGUCAACCGCGCAUUCAAUGCAGUAGACGGUAAUGCCAUAGAUUAGAAGCAAAAGCGCACGGCAGGUUUAGGCAUGAAGGAUAAGUCGCAGGACUUCCAUCGGGGGCAUGGGCGGGGGGAGGGCCGCGUUUUGUGCUUGACUGGAGCGCCUCCCUGCCAGAGCUUACAACACAUACUUUGUUGGCCUACUGCAGCCAAGCUUUCCUAGCCUAGUUGCUGUGUUUGUAGCACAACUCGCAGCAAGAUGGACCACUACCGCUCUCUGCUUCAGGAGACCGCGGCGUCCAACCAGGACACCGCGCCGUUCUUCGGCUUUAUCGGCGCUGCCGCUGCCCUGGUCUUCUCUUGCAUGGGCGCCGCGUAUGGCACUGCCAAGUCGGGCGUGGGCAUUGCCUCCAUGGGUGUCAUGCGCCCUGAGCUGGUCAUGAAGAGCAUUGUGCCCGUGGUCAUGGCUGGUGUGCUCGGUAUCUACGGCCUGAUUAUUGCUGUGAUCAUCUCCACCGGCGUUAACCCCGCCACCUACAAGCUCUACGAUGGCUUUGCUCACCUGGCCUCGGGCCUGGCUUGCGGUCUCGCCGGUCUGGCUGCGGGUAUGGCGAUUGGCAUCGUUGGCGACGCCGGUGUGCGCGCUAACGCCCAGCAACCCAAGCUGUUCGUCGGUAUGAUUCUGAUUCUGAUUUUCGCUGAGGCGCUCGCUCUUUACGGCCUGAUUGUGGGUAUCAUUCUGUCGUCCAAGGCUGGCGCUUCUGCCGCUGCCCCUCCCGCCGCCCUCUAAGCAGCGGACAGCAUUAUGCAAGGCUAAAUCGUGCUUCACAUGUCGGGGGCGGGGUCUCGGAACUUUCGUGUGCUAGGUUCGUCCGCGGGGCGUCACUUGGGAGGCUGGGCCAGGGGGCUAAGGGUUUAGGCUGUCGGUCGCAAAUUGCGGCGGCUAGCGGUAGGUCAGACCAGGGGGGCAUCGCGAGGUCUGUGGUGCGGUGUGCGUGCGACGGGGUGUACAAUAGGGACUAACUGAGAGCGAAGCGUGCGGGCCACAUCACAAGUUAUGACUCACAUCCGACCAGUGGUGCGUCCCUGGUUCUUCCAACGCCUGAAAGGCACUGACAGCGUGGUACCCGAGUUUUGUAACGCUUUCUUGUG